AUGAGCAUGCCUGGAAGGACGUCCCGAGACCAGAGGACAGGGUUUGUGGCACAGACGGAGCGGGAGCUGGGCCGCAGGGGCGACACCGCCUCCCGCCUCGGCUCAGACGGGCGGGAGGAGCAGGACUGGGCAGAGGCAGGUGCUCCUGUUGGAGGGAACUUUACAGAGCAGUGGGCAGUGGGAGAGGAUCCGUGCCUUCUCAUUCAGGAAGAGGACAUGGGCCAGAGCCCAUCCCAAGCUGUCAGGGAAGGGGGAGCCUGCGGCUACCAGGGCGCAUGGAAAGACCCAGAUCUCCCCAUGAUGAUGGCCAAGCUGGCAGGGAGCCACCUCUACCCCCCUGACCUGGGACCCCGCGCCCAGACUCCGGCCCCCCGGGAGGAGCCGGGCUCCGGGCUGCAGAGACUUCGGACCGACACGAAGGCCACCUUGGACGCCCAAGCUCCCGGGCAGGGCAAGUCCGCAGGCUCUGGAGCCCUUCCCGGCGAGUCUGCCCCCGUCACGCCCCCCACUAAAUCGCGGCCCCCCGACGUCUCGGGGCCCCCGCUCUGCCGAGCCACAGUUUGGGGAGGCUCGGACGCCCCUUCCUCGGGUCCAGCCCGCGCGGCCGGCAACCUUUCCGGUCUCCGGCCCUCCUUCCCCGCCCCCGCGCGGACGCCCCCCGCCCAAGCCCCCAGCUCCCCAGCGGGCCCCCCAGCCCCCGGGGCCCGCCCGCGAGCCGCACCGCACACUCACCCCGGGCGCCGUCUGCUGCCCGCGAACCGCUCGGCUCCCGCCCGGGCCGGGCUCAGGGAGGCCAAGCGCACAGGCUGGGGCGGGGUCGCGGGCGCCUCCCCGCCGCGGAGUUUUCCUGGGAGUGGUCCCGGGGCAGAGCGGGUUUGCAUGGACAAGACCCCUCAUUUUGUGGAUGAAGACCCUGAGACCUUGCAGCAGUUAAUGGCAGAGCUGGUCUACAGCCCACCAUGGGACUCCAUGCUGCUUCUUUCGGAGAAUGAGUUUCAUGCAUUUAUUUCUGGCUAA